UUAUCGUUGCCGCCGUCUCCAAUGAGAUUAAUGCGUAUCCAUGACGCCACUCACGGCUCACCGGCUAACCCAGAAGAAACAAAACCCUCUUUCACAGUUCUUUACAUUCCGUCUGGCUACUCUCUCUACUUCUUCACCUGAAGGGCAACAUUGACGACGGAGCCUCUCUAAUGGCGAUCUCCAAGACUGGGACCUCUCACUCCUCCACCACGAUCUCCAACUCCACCACCGAGAUCGACUCCGAAAUUCACAGCUUCAACCACCGCGGUUCACCUUUACUCACCGAUUCCACCUCUUUCUCCGUUGAGGAUAAGGUCCUCGCUUCGCAUAGAGGAGUCUUUUACGAAGCUAAGGCUUGGGAUUUUUCUUGGGAGAACAAAGGAGAAUCAAGAACGGUGCUAAAAAUUCAACAUGACGCGAAGGAAUUGAAGUUUUUUGUCCAUUACCUUGGCUGGAGCAAACAUUGGGACGAAUGGGUAGGCUUAAAUAAUUUGGUGGAAUACACUGAAGAGAAUGUGCAGAAAUACGAAGUAGAGAAAAGUAUAAAGCCAGGCCGCUCUUCACGUAUGAAACCAAAAGUCGUUAGAGGCAGAAAAAGAAAAUAUGAUUCUGUCAUGAAGGACAAUGGUGCUGUAUUCAUGGAAAAGCUUGUGAAUAUCCAAAUGCCACCCACACUAAAGAAGCAACUGAAUGAUGAUAGCGUAUUCGUUACUAAUAUGGGGAAGCUUGUUAAACUUCCUCGAACUCCAAACGUACAUGACAUAUUUAAUACGUAUGUAGACUACAGAGAAAAGAAGGAUGGCUCAUUUGAUGAUACGAUUCGACCAUUUGUGCAAAGUUUUGAAUUUUACUUUGAUAAAGCCUUGCCUGCAAUGCUUCUCUACCAAUGUGAACGUCGGCAAUUUGAGGAAGCAACAACAGAUGACAUCUCUCCUUCAACCGUGUAUGGUGCUGAACAUCUGCUUCGCCUUUUUGUCAAAUUUCCCGAGAUACUGUAUAAUGAUAGAAGUGAUACUAGACUUACAGAGGAGGAGUUGACGGACUUGCAGCAAAGAUUGGUUGAUUUUCUCAAAUUCCUGAGGAAGAAUCAGAGUGCAUUUUUCCUCUCUACUUACCCCGAGAACGAAGACAUUGAAACGAGCACCAACAAGCAAGAUGACUAGCUCUGAACAUGAGUUUUCCUGGGUCUUACAUAGUUGUCGCUGACUCGGGUCUUUUUUACUGGACUUCCAUAGUUGCCUAUAACUCGACGGUAUAUCUCUUUGUACGUUUUCCCGAGUCUUCAUUUUUCGUAUACAUACUUCAUAUGGUCCCAAUGCCUAACUUCUAUUAGGAAUAAGCUAGGUAUCUUCUUGUGUCUUAUUUAGUCUGCACCCACAAGACUUGUUUUCCAUGUUAAUAUAAAUUGGCACAAAUUGGAUGAUGAUGGCAAAAUGAUGAUGCUUUGUUAGUCGGGAGUAUGAUGGAAACUAUAUAUAUACAUUGGUUGGACUUGGAUCAUGUUUUGUUGGAGAAGCUAUGUAGAAUAUCUGCAUGUUGUUUGUAAUUGAGGGAUGACAUUGAAACCAAUCCAAAACUUUUCUUCU